CAGAAAAAAUUGUCACUUGGAGGAAGAACCAGAGGCGAGAGGCAACUUGCGUGCGUGAGGGGAGUCUCGGCUCCUUCUUCUUACUGUCCCACGGACAAUGUCUACGUUGAAGGCGGGACGUGGGCACAUGGUGGGUCUGGAUUCAUGAAAAGGCCAAGCAGGAGGCUUUGCAGCGUGAGCAGCUCCUGGAACAGAAGUUGGAGACGCUGCAGUAUUUACUAACCAACACACAGCUCCUCUCUGACAAUGUCUGGCAGGUGGAACAUAUCUGGAUGGCGAACAAGGGCUAGGAAGGAGCCCAGCAGAUGCAGCAACCACAGACUGUCGUCAUCCAGCAGAGGACACUCAGGCUGAAUGUGCUAAUCUGACAGUGAAGAGGAGGAAACCAUAUCGAUCAGACUUGGAAAUCAGAAUCAAACACACAACCAUGGAAGCGAAGGUGCAGGAGCUGAUGAGUACAAACGACCAGGAGAAGCUUGUGGAGGUGAAUACAGGAAACGCUGAGGGAGGGAAGAAAGACGGUGGGGACAUUCUGGAAGUGAAAGAACUAGCUUCACCUGACAAUGACAUGGAGGAUGGGUUGAACAAGAAACGUCGAAGACCAACUCUACGGAAAGAAAAAAGACUUCAGGAAUCGAAGAUUCUCCGUAAACAAGCCAUGAUCAGAGACAUGAGUGAGAGAGGUCCCCCAGAGGUGAAGGUUCUGCGUCAGCAGGCAAUUGUCCGUGAUAUGAGUGGUGAUUUGCUAUCAGGAGACAUCAAGUCAAAUGUAUCAACAUCAAAUGCGUCAACUUCAGGCGAUUCAGAGACACAUGUGAAGUCAUCUGAUAUUCCAGUCUCUGAGCUGAAAUCAGAACCAUCAACAGUAUCAGAGGCAAAUUCAACUAAUCUCAAGGCUUCUGAAAUUGGUUCAUCUGAUCACAAAUCAACUGAUGUCAAAUUAGCAGAUUCUACACCAACUGUGGUCAUGUCAUCCAAUUCUCAGACAUCUGAGGUCAGGUUAGCCACUUACAAAUCAUCUGAGGUAAAGCCAACACCCAAAUCAGUCGAGGGCAAGACAGUUGAUCCUAAGGUGUCAGAAGUCAUGUCAGAUGAUCUCAAAACAUCUGAAGUCAAUUCAACAUGUCCUAAAUCAUCUGAGGUCAAGACAGUUGAUCCUGAUAUAUCAGUGGUCAAGUCAACUGAUAUAAAAGCAUCUGAGAUCAAGUCAGCUUGCUUUGAACUAUCUGAUGUCAAGACGAUUGAUCCCAAGGUGAUGGAAGUCAAAUCAGCUGAUCACAAGCCAGUUAAAAUCAAAACAGUUGAUGCUAAAUUGUCAGAGGUCAAGUUAGCAGAUUCUAAAUCAUCGAAAAUCCAGACUCCUUAUCCUAAACCAUCUGAGAUGUCAACUUGUUCUACACCAUUUGAUGUCAAGACAAUUGAACCCAAUAUGAUAGAGGUCAAAUUGGAUUAUCACAAACCUUCUGAUGUCAAGACAAUUGAUCCCAAGGAUUCAGAGGUCAAAUUGGAAGAUUCCAAAACAUCUGAGAUCCUGACAGCUUAUCCCACACAGUCAGAGAUCAAUUUAGCUUGUUCUAAGUCAUCUGAGGUCAAGACUAUUGAUCCUGACCAGUCAGAGUUUAAGGUAGAUGAUCCUAAAAAGUCUGAGCUCAAAACAGCUGAUCCUGCCCCACCUGAGGUCAUAUCAACAAAACUCAAACAAUCCAAAGACAAACUGCUUGAUUCUGGAAAAACAGAAGUCCAGUCAUCUGACGCCAUACCAUCUCAGGUCAUGUCAGUUGAUCUCAAACAAUCUGAAGUCAAGUCAGUUGAUCUCAAACAAUCUGAAGUCAAGUCAGUUGAUCCAAAACCAUCUGAGACAGGGUCAGUAGCUCCCAAACAAUCCAAGGACAUACUUGCUGAACUUGGGAUGUGUGAAGACAAAUCAAUUGAUUCCAAGCCAUCGGAGGUUAAGUCAGCUGAAUCCACAUUUUCUGAGGUCAAGUCAAUUGCUUCUAAUCUGACAGAGAACAGGGUAGCUGAUCCCAAAUCUUCUGAGGUCAAAUUAGCUGCUACCAAUGAUUCUGAUUUUAAUUCCAGUACUCCCAAUGAACCUGAAGUCAAGUCAGCUGCUUCCGAGGAAUAUGACAUCAAUUCAAUUCCUUCCAGUUCCUCAGAUGCCAAGUUAUCUGAAAUGGAAGCAACUGAUCCCAAAUCUUCUGAGAUUGAAUCAAAUUCCAAGGGGCCUGUGGUUAGAUCAGUUGAUCCUGAGAUUCCUGAAAUCAUGUUAGCUAUUUCCAAACCAAGUGAGGUUAUAUUAUCUGUUACAAAACCAGUUGAUAUCAACUCAACUGAUCCCAAAGUAUCUACUGUGAUAUCAGCCAAUCUAGAACUUUGUGACAUGGUAGCUCGUUUCCAUAGGUCUUAUGACCAAUUAUUAAGCAAUCCAGAAAUCUGUAGAAUAAGGUCAACAGGUGCAAAAUCGUGCAACAAUAUGCUUUGUAUGUUGGAAUUGGAUGAGCUGAGGUUGCAGAUUAAACAACUACGGAAGGAAUUAGAGGAGACUCAGGAACAAGCAGCCCGACACCAGAAGAGCUACUUGGAUUUACAAGGAUUGCUGGAGGAACAGCGAUUGGUCAAUGUGCAACAAACUGAAAACUUUGCCAAACAGAUCCAACGUCUCCAAGUACAGCUCCGGUCCGUUCAGGAGGAGAUUGACAGCUUAGAGGAAGAGAAGGAGAGUGAGCUGAUGGAAGCGCAUGAGGAGCUUCACAGCGCACAGGAGGAGAUUGUGAACCUUCGUCAGGCAGCUGAAGAGGCAGCGGGAGAGCGGGAGAAUGAGAUUGCAACCUUGCAGGAGGAGCUGUGUCGCAUUCGAGCAGAGCUGGAGCACCUUCAGCGGACAACAGUGGAGUACGAACUGGAGAUCACCACGCUGCGAGCUGAGAUACAGAUGAAAAGCGACACUCAGCAGAAGAAAAAUUCUGAGGAGGUCACCCAGCUCCAGGGUGCAGUUCAGUGCCUGCAGGUCGAGUGUCGAAAUCUGGCUCAAGAGUGUCGAGUUCUGCAGAAUGAUAAUAAACAGCUGAGGGAAAAGCUGCAGCAAAUGGAACGGCAGAGCCACAGAUCGGUCGAAGGAUUUAAAGUGGACUCUGUAGGGUCUGAAAGCUAUCGACCACAGCAAGGUACAGAGGCCAAGGUAUUAUCUGAAUGCCUACCCAGAAAGCCAAACGACAAAGAACUGAAAAAAGCUGGAAUAAAGUGUCAGGAAGAGCCCAAACUAUCUCAGAAGGAACAACAAUGGAAAUGCCAGGAGAAACCAUCUGAUAAGAUAGCUGCAAGUGGCCUGGCUUUUGCAAGUGAGCGGCAUGAAGAUGGGUGCUUAGUUAGCGGGCCUGAGGAUGGGAGCAAGGGAGAUGGUGUGACGUCAACCCAGAAGACAGAGAAUCUUCAGCUUGAUCCUGGAGCCCUGCGGAGGUCAGAAGAGAGAGGACAGUUUGACGAAUUGGAUUUGAAACAUCGACUGCUGCAGGCAGAAGAGAAAGCUGUGAUAGUACAACAUGAGUGUGAAGGAUUGAUCACUGAGCUAAGAGCGCUAGAGGAGAGAUACAGGAGCAGUCAACAGGAGCGCAGCCAGCUGGAGUCACAGCUCAGGCAGUUCAAGGAAGAAAUCCACAAACUGAAAGGGGCGCCUUGUCAGAAUGCCACUUUUCCUGACCCCCCUGUGCUCUCCUUGCCUGUGAUAGGACUGGUUGUACUGAUGGCUAUGCUGUGGUGCUGGUGGGCUGAGACCUCCCGGCAUUGACCAGAGUCGAACUGGAGUGUGGAUUCCAUUAGAGCUGAUGGUUAUUGCUACAGCUGGUCAUUCUUCCAUAUGUCAGCCUCACUCCUGACUUCUCAACAACCAAAAUGUGUUUGUUCCAUUCCUUCCUUCCUUUUCCUCUCUCCUUAUCCCUACCUCCCCACACCUUCUCACAAGCCACACCCUCCACUUCUCUCAGUUGUCCCGUUCCCCAAUUCCUUCCUCUUCUACUCUCAUCUCCCCAACCCAUGCCCCACCUUUUCUUCUACCCUCUUCUCUAUUACCCAUACAUCUCUCCACUUCUUCCCUUUAUUCUCUUUACUAUCACAUUCUCCACCUUUCUUUCCUUAUUCUCUUUCUUCCUAUCUUCUUACUCUCAUUCCAUUCCCCAUCCUCCUAUUGGCCUUCCAUUCCCUUCCGUUAUCCUUUCAUGUUUAUUCUGCCUCCUUGGUCCUCACCUCACUCUUCUUCACCUCUUUCUCUUCCCCUUUUCACUCACCUCUUUCUUGUUCUCUCUCUGCCUCUUUGGUCCUCAGCCCCCACUCUUCUUCACCUCUUUCCCUCCCCUUUUCACUCACCUCUUCCUUUUUCUCUCACCUCUUCCCUGAUAUCAUACCCCUGCCCCCUCACAUCCACCCACGUUUUCCCUUAGUUCUUCUCCUCCUCAUCACAUCUUCCUCUACCCCAUCCCACAUACCUCUUUCCCAGCUCAUUUCCCCAGCUAUUGCUGUGAGCUCUUUCUCUAGCUCUUCCCCAUCCCACCUCUUCCGGAGUUCUUCAAUACCCUUCUCCACAAACCCUCUUCACAUCUCUUCCUCCAUUCAUUCCAUCUAUUGCUUAACCCCAUUCCUUUCCUUCCACACAUUAUCUGCCAAUGACCCUUCACUCCUUUCUACCACCUCUUCCCUCUCAUUUCUUUAACCCUUACUACUCUUGCCUCCAUGGCACUCUCUCACCAUCUUCCCCAGCUUUCCUAUCUGUGCCAUUUCUUCCCUUCCAGAUUUUCCUUGGUGCCUAAACCUGAGUAUUUGCCUGCUCUUUCUCCCAGCGUUCUGUUCUCCUGCUGUUCUGGAAAUGCUGCUGUACAUACCAGCCCAUCUGGAAUUUCUGAACCCACAUGUGCACUGUGCACAGAUCUUUAUCUGUUUUCUCUAGCAAUAUUGGAUGCAACCUUCUCUAAAUCAGAAUGAAAUGAACAGCUGCUGCCCAUGAGGCACUCUGGAGCUGGGUGGAGUCAGAGAUCCUGUGUAUGAAUUAACAGAAAUUUAUUUACCGGGGUUAUUACGGGGCUCUCAGAAUGUUCAGAUAUUUUGAUAAACGUCCAUCUAUAGGGAGACCCACACUUAAGGACACCACCUUGUAUAUUGAUAACACAGCAUUUCUUGGUGGAGUUUGCCCAAUUACUUUGGUUUGUGAUCAACAGACUGUCAGUGACUGGUGGGUUACCCUGACUUUCUGAAUAUCUGUCACCAUCUGAUCCUCAACCAACUGACAUUGUGAGAUCAAUUAGUUGUCCAUGAUAGACUGUCAGCGAUUGACUAAAUCUGAGGGAGUAAUUGAUCCUUAGUGAAAGAUCAGUGACCAAACUAGCGACUAACUGACUUUCAGUGAUUGGGAGUAUCCAACCCUUGCAUGUGACCGAGCCGAAGUGUAUACCUGGGUUUACUAACUGACCGGCGGACCCUCAGUGAGUUAGCUACCAUACAACUCUGUGAGAUAAUGAGCUCAGUGAGUGAUUGAUUGACCUCAGUAUUUCAUCAACUCUCAGCAAGUAUCGGAAUCUUUACAAGUCACUAAUUCUCAGUAAAAGGAGUGGCCGUCAAAAAUUAACCAGCCUCAGUGAAUGACCAUCCCCUCAGCAACUAACUAACUCAGGGCAUGGACUGGCUGAGUGAUUGAUUGAUGUCAGUGAAAGACCAACUCUGAGUGAGUGCCAACCUCAGAGUAACUAGCUUCGACAGAUAGCCUCAUUAAAUGAACAAUCCUCAGCAAGUCACUAAUGUUCAGCAAGUUGACUGAUCCUCACUGACCGAGCAAGUUACCUACUCUUAAUGAGUGGCCCCGUUCUUGGCGAGUGACAGAUCCAUCGGUGGGUGACUGACCCUCAGUAAGUGAUCGAUUAUCAGUGAGUGAACAACCUUUGGAGUGAUUGUCCAUGAGUGAUCGAUCCCUACUGAGUGGUUGCAACUUGGCAACUGCCUGAUACACAGUGAAGUUGUCUGCAGUUAGUGAGCAACCCUCAGUCAGUGAUAGUAUCUGUGAUUGACUGAUGUCAGCAAGUGCCGAUUGUCAAUGAAUAACUGAUUGGCCCUGACUGACAGACUGUAAAUGAGAGAUUGCCCUUUUAAGCCCAUUACUCCUACUGGGGCACUGACAGCAGCUCACCAGAGCCCUGUAUCCUGGGUCCGUCUUUCAAGUUGUCUCCAGGAGUAGCCCAGCUUCGAAGAUCCUUCUUCUCCCAGGGAUGAGAUCUCUGGAGCUUCUGUUGGCGUUUAUGUAGCUCUGGGUUUUUAUAGGAUGGGUGUGCUAGCCCCACGUCCAACCCUCCUCCUUUUGCAGCUGGGUUGGAGGAAUUUCAGUGAGUAACUACCCUCAGUACAUAACUGACCCAUAGUGAGUGCUUGCUUCUUACUAAGUUGAGUUUCUUCCACUGCUGUUUGAUAUCUUGAACCUGGUGAAUAGUAUGGAUGGUUAUCAGCCAAUUACUGGGCUGCCCUUAGCCUCUUUAUACUUGGUGGUGCCCUUUUGCUAGUGGUGUUUGACAGUUUGGGCAUGUUGCUGGCACUUUGAAGAUUGCCAUUUUGAUCGAGCAGAUUCAUUCCUGUUAAUUCAGAUAUUGGGAAUUACAGAUGGAGUUACGGUCUGGUUGGACUCUAAGGCACCAUCAUCUGCACCAGCUCUAUUCUGCUGUAGUUUAUGUGAAAAUAAAGCCAGUGGUCAUAUCAAUAUUAAACCCCUUCUUUAGAAGAGUAUAGUUUAUAUAAUUUUGCUUCUUAAUCCAGUUCCUCCAUCCCAUUUGUCAUCCCUUCUGUAACCCUCCAACACCUUUUUGGACUAGGUUGAAAUAAACUAUGAAGAAGCAGGAAAAGCUUACUAUUUUAGGUCAUCACUUAAUACAUCUGAUUUACUUUACACACAGCACUGAAAUCAUCUUCUAUAUAUUGACACUCAUGACCCUCAAUUUGCAUUUUUUUUUACAGACAUUACUUUCUUUACAAUGAAAUGACAUUAAAAUUUUGUCCCAGUUUGAGGAGUUUGCAUUUUCUAUUGUGAAUGUCAUCCACCCAAUUUUCAGCUAUCCUUACAAUUCCUUUAACUUGUCCACUUCCAUAAUUAAUUUGCAAACACGAGGAAAUCUGCAGAUGCUGGAAGUUCAAGCAACACACACAAAAUG